CGAGACGCAGCUCGCAUAAAUUAGUAUUUGGAGAUUAUUUGAAAAUAGUUCUUAUUUAGUUUGACUUUGGAUACGAAACUUAGUCGAUGGUGGUGCCAAUACAAUGCUUAAGUGUCAUGGUUUACAUAACUCCAUCAACAGUCGUCAAUCCUAGUUUAGUGGAGUUAACGUUAGUUACCUGGAAAGUUAGUUAUCCAGUUAGCUAACUAGCUAGCUAAAUGUGUCAGUAUGCUAACGUUAUCUGAAGAUAGCUAGCUAAAAGACAGAAGCUAGCUAACUAGGUAUGGCGUGUAUAUUUUGACCAUAGCGUUAGCCAGUAACUAAGGCUAGCCUAGCUAGAAGGAAUUAUCAGAUACUAACGGUAGCUAGCUGGGACUUUUUGUAGUUUUACUAGCUAACUAAAUUGCUUUCCCUUGUGGAUUUAAUCUCUACGGCCGGGAGAAUGGAGGAUACCGAUGAUGACGUGCCCCUCAUCCUGACCUGGGAUGAUGCGAACAGCGGUCUGUUGAGUGAGGAGACAGAGAGGGGAGACGAGAAUGGAGGAGGGGGGUAUGACAUUGUGAAUAACCAGGUGAUACCAACACCGGGGCCACCACCAAACUACAGAUCACACAAUGCCUCACUUCAACAAAGCUGGGAGAUGAACUACCAGGAAGCAGCGAUCUAUCUACAGGAAGGAGAGAACAAUGAUAAGUUCUUUACACACCCUCGGAACCCCAAGGCGCUGGCAGCGUACCUAUUUGCUCACAACCACCUGUUCUACAUGAUGGAGCUGCUAACAGGACUCCUACUGAUGGUCCUGUCACUCUGUGAGGCUCCCGCUGUACCAUCACUACGCUUGGAUGUUUACGUCCAUGCCACUCUGGAGUUACUGGCUCUGGUUAUGGUGGCGUUUGAACUCUGUAUGAAGCUGCGCUGGCUCGGCUUCCACACAUUCAUCAGACACAAGAGGACCAUGGUGAAGACGUGUGUGUUGCUGCUCCAGUUUGUGGAGGCCAUAGUGGUUCUGAUCCGGCAGACGUCGCACCUGCGUGUGACCAGAGCUCUCAGACCCAUAUUCCUGGUGGAUUGCAGAUACUGUGGUGCCGUGCGAAGAAACCUGCGUCAAAUUUUCCAGUCCCUUCCCCCUUUUAUAGACAUCCUGCUGCUGCUGCUCUUCUUUAUGGUCAUAUUUGCCAUCCUGGGCUUCUGUCUGUUCUCCCCUAAUACUUCUGAUCCGUACUUCAACACUCUGGAGAACAGCAUCGUGAGUCUUUUUGUGCUCGUGACCACCGCAAACUUCCCAGAUGUGAUGAUGCCAGCGUACUCUCGCAACCGCUGGUCCUGUGUCUUCUUCAUCGUCUACCUCUCCAUAGAACUUUACUUCAUCAUGAACUUGCUCCUGGCGGUGGUGUUCGAUACGUUUAACGGUGUUGAGAAGAUGAAGUUUAAAUCUCUGCUGCUUCACAAACGCUCCGCUAUCGACCAUGCCUUCCAACUUCUGGUCAGCAGACAGAGGCCAAUGGGUGUGUCUCUGAAGCAGUUCGAUGGUCUGAUGCGUUUCUACAGACCUCGUAUGUCAUCCAGAGACCGCUUCCUCACAUACAAGGCCCUCAACACUGCAGGAGCACCCAUGCUCAGCCUGGAUGACUUUUAUAAGUUCUAUGAAGUCAUCGGUCUCAAAUGGAAGGCACGGCGGAGCGGGGAACACUGGUUUGAUGAUCUUCCACACACUACUUUUCUUAUCUUCAAAGGCAUCAAUCUGCUGGUCAAGUCUAAAGCCUUCCAGUAUACCAUGUAUGUGGUGGUGGCCGUUAACGGAGUGUGGAUCUUAGUAGAGACCUACAUGUUGAAUAGUGGAUUCUCCUGGUCCAGAAUGGUUCCCUGGAGCUACAUCGUCUUCCUCACGAUCUAUGGGGUUGAGGUGUUGUUGAAGAUAACAGGCUUGGGGCCGUUGGCCUACUUCAGCUCUGGCUGGAACCUGUUUGACUUCUCUGUGACGGUGUUUGCCUUUCUGGGCUUGAUUGCUCUGGCCUUCGACAUGGAGCCCUUCUACUUCAUUGUGGUGCUCAGACCGCUGCAGCUACUCAGGUUGUUUAAGAUAAAGCAGAGGUAUCGCAACGUGUUGGACACCAUGUUUGAACUCUUCCCAAGGAUGGCAAGUCUGGGGCUGACACUGAUCAUCUUCUACUACUCCUUUGCCAUCGUGGGGAUGGAGUUCUUCGCUGAUGUAGUUUACCCUAACUGCUGCAAUACCAGUACAGUAGCAGAUUCCUACAGGCAGAUCAAUGUAACCAUAGGCAACCGGACGGUGCUGGACGAGGGCUACUACUAUCUCAACAACUUCAACAAUAUCCUCAGCAGCUUUGUGACUCUGUUUGAGCUGACUGUGGUAAACAACUGGUACAUCACCAUGGAAGGAGUGACAUCCAUGACCACUCACUGGAGCCGCCUCUACUUCAUGACCUUCUACAUCGUCACCAUGGUGGUGAUGACCAUCAUCGUUGCCUUCAUCCUGGAUGCGUUUGUGUUCCGUAUGAACUACAGCCGGAAGAACAAAGAACCACUGUUAGACCCUGAGGAUGAGAAUGGUAUAGUGUUUGAGGCAGAGGUGAGUCGUGACGAGGCGUUGGCUACUCUGGAGCUUUAUAAGAAGACGUGUCCUGGGCUCUCCUCACUUAACUCUCUACAGGGAGUACUGCUGGCCAUGGACCGCAGUGGGAGCUCGUCUCUGGUGUAUCUGGGUCGGAGGUCGCGGACCAAGAGUGACCUCAGCAUGAAGAUGUACGAGGAGGAGAUUCAGGAGUGGUAUGCUGAGUACUCCAGAGAGAAUUUACCCCAGUCAGACAGAAGCCUAGUGGAGAGAGAGCUGGACAUCCCUCCUCCCUGCCAUGAACAUGAAUCCUAACCCCAGCUCAACUCACAAGGACUACUUAGCACCAACUAAUAUUCACUCACUGUUUCUCUCUUUCAAACACACUCAAACACACCUCUUUGACUUCAGUCAUCAUGCCACAGAGCACUCUGAACUAAAUGUUUUCCACAAUGAUAAUACGGAGACCCACUCAACACUCCCUCCCUCCACCCAUCCUGAGGGAUUGUACUCUGGCAUCCUACUGGACAGUCAGGAUGUGAUGAUGUCAUUGGACUACAGCCUGGAUCCCAGCAGUGAUUUGUGUUGAUAUAAAUCAUGUUUUCUCUCUGACUGGAUCGCAGUGUUCAAACAGGUUUAAGAGCUUUAUCUAACCCCAACCCUUACAGGACUUCGUCUGCUGAUGCAUGGAUAGGAGAAGCAGAGCAUCGAUGGAUGGGUUAGAGGUCAGGGUUUUUAAGGGUUAGGCACUCUAGCUGUGAGACAGAGAGCUGAUGUUCAGGACCUGAAUACAACGAGACACUAGGAUGGACUUGGGAUUUCACAGUACUCUUCUUUUUUUUACUGCACGGAGAGGACACAUCUGAACAGGGAAAGGACACGCACCAUAGAUACAUAGAGGACUCUAGUGCCCAAAAGCCUGGUGUAGCCUGGGCAGUGCCAUUGAGGACUUUAACCAUUUUGAAGUAGUCAACUGGGUGGGACUUUCUAUGGCUUAAGGAAGGAUCAAAUCAUUCUAUCCAGGUCAUCAGGAAGGAUCAGCCAAUUAAUUAUACUCGUACCCAGACAUUCCAUAACUGCAUGUGUCAGUAAAUCGCUAACCUUGGCUUUAUACCUGUUCAAACACUCCAGGUGGCAUUAUGCUCCCUUUAAGUUUGUAGAAGUAGUAAAAUAAGAAACUUGACUACUUCAAAAUGGAGAAUGCCUCAAUGGUGCUGCCAAUGCUCUGACGCCGUAAUGGGACAGAUACAAUGUUGCGUCCUCCAUCUCUAUGAGAUGGACACUGCUGCAUGUAGAUACACACUCUACAGCCUAUUUUGUAGCCACUCCCCCUCCUGUGUUCAUUCUGAGGUCAGUGGGCAUCGGACUGUCCUGGCAUCAAGACACGCCCGCCCUGUCUGCCAGUAAUAAUCUCAGCCCCCUCAAAAGCCACUACACACACCCCUCAAACCCCUGCACCUGUCCAGUAACCUACAGCUAUAUCUCCUAACCAGUGUUUCAACAAACCUAAGACAGUACUUUACUUUUAUAACUUGUUAUUCUGUCAGUGUGUUAAAUUAGGAAUAAUUUAAAUGUUUCACUUUGUCAAGUGCAUUUGAUCUAGCUGAAGACAGGAUGUUAGCUUAUUGUUACCUUAGCUUAUUUUUUUAUUUUUAUGUAACCUUUAUUUAACUAGGCAAGUCAGUUAAGAACAAAUUCUUAUUUACAAUGACGGCCUACACCGGCCAAACCCGGACGA